UUGGUUGGAGAUCGGAACACCGAGCCAAAAACACUAAGUUAGGUGCCCCGCUUUGGGCACGUAAGCCAAGGCGGGUACGUAGAAUACCUACGCCGGACUUGGCCUUAACGUCGCUGCGAACACGCCAAUUCUUCCGCCAGGAGCAACCGUUCCUCACGUACCAACACGAUCAAUACAUUAACAUUGUACGACGGAGAACGUUGCAAUAUGGCCGGACACAGCCCCACGACUCGCAAGAGAUCUGCGACACCGCGCAUUAAGUUGGCGUGCACCUCUUGUAGGGCCGCUCGCGUGCGAUGUAGUGGUGCGCCUCCGUGCAUUCGUUGCCUGCGCAGGAGCGAGCAAUGCAGGUUUACGCCCAGCCGGCGAGGCUUGAGAUCUACGACCGGAUUGUCACUGGACCUGACUAACAGCAACACUGUUCCGUCCGCGCAGAGCGCACAAGAAGCCACAGACUCCACCGGCGAGCUGUACAUUCCCGGCAGCACUCUUCCGCCCCUCUUCAACGACAACAUCGACGUGUUCAAUUUCGAUGACAUCUUCCUUGGCGACACAGAGGCUGAUUUAGACAGCUUUUUCGCUGACGUUCUCAGCUUACCGACUUCCCUCGAGUGGAUUGCGAUGAGCCUGCUCCGCUCACAACAUUACCCUUGCAGCCUCUGGUGCAGGGAUACCACUCUGAUACUGACGUCUUACACGCAUACUAUCAAUUGCUCCAUCCGAUCUUCCCUAUUUUGCCUCCGCCAGUUGAGGAAGUAGUGAGCGAUGCACACGACGGUGCUUCGGCUGCAGACAGGGAGGGAUCUAUCUCACAAGCACCCAUGAAGGCAUCGACGAGCAUGCACGU